AUGGGAUCUCUAUCCGUCCGCCCGCACAUCUGCGUCGUUGGCUCGCUCAAUAUCGACCACACCGCCCGCACGCCACGAUGCCCUGGGCCAGGCGAAACACUCACUGCCAGCUCGUCACAGGUCAGCAUGGGCGGCAAAGGAGCAAACCAAGCGGUGGCAUGCGGUCGGGCAUCGAUCACCUCUCGUUCUUCACGACAAGAGCCAGACACCCUGGUAACCAUGAUCGGCGCUGUUGGUGGUGACGACCAGUACUUUUCCUCCCUCAUCCAGCCCACGCUGGCGGCGUCUGGCGUCAGCACGGAGUAUAUUAAGCAGAUUGAGUCCCAGAAUACGGGUACCGCGUACAUUAUUGUCGAAGAGGCCGCAGGAUGUGAAAAUCGUAUACUGGUCAUACCGGGAGCCAACCACUCUCCCAGCAUGAACGACCUGGAGGGUGUUCUUGCAUCCAUCACCCAACAGCAGCCACCUUGCGAUGUCGUUUUGUUGCAGGGUGAAAUCCCCAGCAGUACGGUGUUGGGGAUCUUGCACCAUUUCAACUCUCAGGCUCAGGGUCCAAAGGUCGUUUUCAACCCGGCACCCGUUUUCCCCGCAGGUAUCCCUUUGAGUGCGCUGCGAGGCACGGCUGUGCUGAUCAUGAACGAAACCGAAGCUGUCCAGGUGCUGAGCUGCGUCGACGCUGAGACCGCUGCGGCAAAGACAAUCGUGGCAGCUGAAACUCUGCGACCGAAGGAUAUCGCGCGGCGUAUUCAUCAGCUUGCAAUGGUGCAAGUUGUCAUCAUCACUCUUGGAUCUAAAGGUGUCUUCUACUCCACUAUCGCUGGGACUGCAGGCUUAGUCCAAGGUGUCGCCGUUGAUGCUGUGGUCGAUACAACGGCCGCUGGCGAUACCUUCGUCGGAUACUUUGCGGUGCAUUAUGCCAAGUUGGUGGCAGGCUCGAGUAAAAGCCUGGAUCACUUGGACAGCCCGAUUCAGCUUGCAGUGCAAGUCGCAAAUUCCGCUGCAGCUGUUACUGUACAACGGCUGGGGGCAUCGUCGAGUGUUCCCUUUGCAUAUGAACUCAGUCUCUGA